AUGCCCUUUUGGACUCGUUCAACUGUCUCGAGCGUCGCCUCUACCAAAUGGACAGAGGAUGUUGCGCUCCAGUGUGCGGAGAAGGCUCUCGAUACUUCCGUCAAGACGACGACCCCGAGCGAUGGACCGACAUUGCCGCCUCCGGCUCUUUCGAAUGGAAAUGGUGGCGCAAGUCGCAAGAGGAAGUCCGCACGCGUCGGCGUGAGCUUCUCGGUUCAUUGGGAGAAGUUCAGGCGGCGCAUAGGGACCGGGACAGCACCUUCAACGAGCUCCAUUCUAAACGAGAGUGCUGCUGAUAGCAGUAUCCUCCAGCCGACACAUUGCUACAGAUAUGAGGAUGAGGAUAUAGAUGUAGAUGAUGUGGUUGUGGACCGGAUAUGGUCAGAGGAGCUCAAGUCGUCGGUCUCACACUCGGAGAAUGGUGUUUCUCCUGAGAAAUCGGGUGACAGUCAUCCUCAGACAGCAGUUAGCGAUCACGAGAGUAUCGUUCCUCACGGCGGCUUUUGGGCUAGCUCGACGGCCCUUAUCAUUCUUAGAUGGAGAGUCUGGCCAGCAGUGAAGGACUUCUUCGACUCGAAGUUCACCGACGAGAAGUCUGAGCAACACUAUGUACAGGAGAAUUGGUUCCACAGCAAGCGUCUGGCACUUUGGUCCUCAGUCUGGUUGGCUGUAAAUUGGGCUCUCGGCUGCGGAUUUGUUCCCAAGCCAUUUGUUCUGAUGGACAAGAUAUUCUACUGGGGGGUCGCUCCUGCUCUGAGUUUCCCCGUCUUCUUCUUGGCACUUUACGACUGGCCCCGCGAUAGGCCAGUGCUUUAUCAAUGUUUCGUUGCGGCGUCGGUAUGGAUGUGGGCUACAUACCAGGUUCUAUUUAUGUAUUUAUGCGGCACAUAUAACAAAGAACGGGCUCUCUUCGACUGUGGGACCAGAGAUUUUGUUGGUGUAAUGUACUAUACAACAGCACUCCAAACCAUCGCUAUCUUUGGUUUGAAACUGGAUCGAUUAGCGGCUACAGUUGGAGCAACAGUUUUCUUCAUUUUCUCGUGUGCUGCCAUAAUUCCUGACCGCCUAGCAUGGACACGAACGAUGAUAAACUUUGCUAUAUUUCACAUUUUCAUGAUCUAUGUACACUAUAAGCGAGAAUCGGCUGAACGUCGGGUCUUCAUCAUGCGCGAUCAGCUGAAGGUACAAUUCAAAGCCACCCAGAAAGCGCAGGUCAAUGAACGUAAAGCAGGGGAAUCGAAGCGUCGCCUUACCUCAUAUGUGUUCCAUGAUAAGUCAAAACCUCAUCGCGCAAUACCCCUAAUUUACAUCUUAGCGUAUUUACAGGUCCGAGUGCCGUUGAAUACCGCACUGCUUGCUGUUCAAAAUAUGGACGCAUCUGGCACGAUCGCUAAAACCCAAGAAAUCGAGUUCAAGGCUCUGGAAGGUUCCCUGUCCAUGAUGAGCAAAGUGCUUAAUGAUGUUCUUGAUUUUAAUCGAAUGGAUAGUGGCAGGUUCGAAUCGGCGCCUAGACCCUAUUCCUUCCACCAAGCCAUGCGUUCGCUCCUUAUCCCCCUUCGCCUGGCUACUGAUGCCCGAGGUUUGGAAUUGGUCAUAAACCUUGAUCCCAACAUUGACCUGGCUGCGCGCUGCGCAGCAUACGAAGCCAUGAAAUAUUCCCCCGAAGACACGAGGAAGAUUCUUAGCGAGUACCCUGAUUUGGAUGGCAUUGUAGUGGGAGACGAAACUCGCCUCCGGCAGAUUAUCACCAAUCUCGCGAGUAAUGCAUGCAAGUUUACGCCCUCCGGAGGAACUUUGACCAUAACGACGCGACUUAUGCUUCCAACUUCCCCGCCUGACUAUGCGACUGGUGAAGUGCCCUCGGAGUCAACGACUACUCGACCCUCGAUGGAAAACCAGACUCACCACUCGCUGUCGACCUCACAUCUGUCUCAACACAAUAGGCACCAUACCGAUGCUCCUCCACUUGAGUGGAUUGUUGUAAGAAUAGAAGUUUCCGAUACGGGUUGCGGUAUUCGGCGCCGCGAUAUGACCGAAAGCAAGCUAUUUUCUGCCUUCAAUCAGACAGAACAGGGGCGACAACAAGGUGGGAAAGGUACAGGACUUGGUUUGGCCCUCGUCCGCUCGAUUGUUAAGCUGAGUGGCGGGCGGCUGGGCGUGAAAUCCAAGGUCAAUGAAGGGUCAACAUUUUGGGUAGAACUACCUUUGGGUGUUGGUCUGAAGACCUUCGAUUCCGGGGCUGUCCCCGUUCUUGGGGCAGAGCCUAUAGAAGCGAGCGACUUUGGGCGUUUGCAUCAAUUAUGGAGAGCCGAUAAAUCGGGCGACGACACUCCCAACGGCAACCUUCCCUCACCUGGUCUUGGAAGCAUGAUGUCUGCGUCCCAUACGAGUGCUGGUACAGUUCGGUCGACUGCUGCCCUUCAGGGUCUAAUGGAUCAAGGCGGGCGGGUAGAGAUAUCUUUGGACGAUGCACAUUCAGUGCCUACGCGAACCAUUGGCGACUCCUCCACAGGCACUCAAUUUGACUUGUCUGGCGCCUCUGACGAAUCUCCUACCCAAGGUUCCUUCCCGGUAGACAACACCAACGUCGUCUUACCUACUCGACCGAAAUUCGUCCAGAUGCCUAGUCACAUAUCGUUUGUAGCGGACCCCAAUACAGUUACUCCGUCCACCAACAUGUCGGGUCGGUCAGGAACGUCACCGCCCACCUCCCCCGGCAUGAGCACCUUCGAUAGCAACCGUGUCGUCAACAAUUGCUCGAAUCACACCCUGCCUUUCGAAUCCGGCCUGAACGUGCUGGUUGUUGACGAUGAUCCAUUGACGCGUACGCUCAUGAAACGCAUUUUAACGAGGUUAGGCUGCUCCGUUUCCACCGCAGAGAACGGUGAAGUCGCUUUGGAGAUGAUCCUCGCUCCAGCUGGACAGACACCCUCAAGCGAUGGGUCACAUAGCAAUGGCCCGAUCUUGGAACAGGAGCGGCCUCCACAGAGUCAAGACACCAAGUACGCCGUGGUGUUCCUCGACAAUUCCAUGCCUGUCAUGUCGGGACUCGAACUUGUCACAAAGUUGCGGGAGAUGGACAGAAAAGAUUUUGUCGUAGGAGUGACAGGCAACGCACUUUUGACUGACCAACAAGAAUACCUUGAAGCUGGCGUGGAUCGAGUCCUCACGAAGCCAGUGCUUGAACGAAGUCUCAAAGACGUACUUGUUAUCGCUGAUGAGCGACGAAAAAGAGGUAACCCCUCAAACACCACGGACGAUACACCACUAUAA